AUGUCCGGAAUUACACCAAUACACCUGUCGCCUUCAGAUGCAUCCCUGGAGUUCGAAGAGUUUGACUACUGGGAUCGCUGUGGCUGCCUAACAGGGCACGAUGUUACCAAUGACCAGCGCCAUGCGCUUUUGGAGGUUCUCCGGAAGAAUUACAAAACGACCGAGCUGCUUGAGGCAUUCCCUUUCUUGAUAAUCGGAUGUCAAGGUGAUCCGCCAGAUGAAGACAAGCGACCAUUCUCAGUAGCUGGAGCCAUUUCUAUUUGGAGGGACGCUAGAAAUUCCGACAUGAAGCAUAUUGUCGGAGAUAUUGGGCAGGGCGAUGUUAUUGAAGUUGAGGACAAUCUUAUCCUCCAGAUGGACUUCCUCGAGCCCGAGUGUGAAGCUAUCUGUGUACUAUGGGACCAACUUGUGGUAGAGCUUCCUCUUGUGAGUCAGGAAGAGCAUUGCGCUCGACUGCAAAGUCUUCCUAGGGAUAUCGGUAUGUCCCCUUAUUCCCUCGGAUCCCUCAGGUUUAACAACGGCCCAUCACCAAAUUCACAGGGGACCAGGGUCAGAGACACCGAGCCAAACUCCAACGAGCCCCUCAAAUCUGCCGAUUGCAAAAUAGGUGACCUUUUCGUCUUCGAUACUUCUGGAGUCGGUAGGCAGACUAUGGCAUACUUCGGACGACGAUUUACCAUGGGACGGAAAGAAGCACAAAACAGCGAGAGUCACGAAGCAGUUGAUGGUGUUAAGUAUAUUGCAUUCGAGCAAGAUGCUUUCAUCUCAAACUCACCUGAGACUAUCAAGAAGCCCCUUGAAAGUGGCUGUGAAUCUGUGUUUCUGCAACCCAGCAAAGCCUCUCUUGGCAGCAAAAGGCGCCGAACUCCAAAGCUGUCAAUGGAAGAAGACGGCGAGGUUGGCAUUGUGUUGUAUGUGGACGACCUGCAACUCAAGAACAUCGACGAUAUUGGUCAGUAUAUCAUGUAUGCUGAUUCAUUUCAGUGA